AUGGUUAACUACUUUUUGUACGAGAGCUCAUCCGGAUACGCUCUCUUUGAGCGUUUGGAGUCUGAGGAGAUUGGCUCCAAGUUGGCUGAUGUCUGCGAGGCUGCCACUGAUCUCACCAAGUUCGGCAAGAUGGUCAAGCUCAAGUCCUUCGCCCCUUUCAAGAGCGCUGCCCACGCUCUCGAGAACAUGAACGACGUCUCUGAGGGCAUCAUGAACGACCACUUGAAGGCCUUCUUGGAGAUGAACCUUCCCAAGCCCGGCAAAAAGUCCAAGGUCGUCUUGGGUGUCACUGAGAAGUCCCUUGCUGGAUCCAUCAAGGAUGGUCUCGGAUACGAGUGCGAUGCCGGCGAGAUCGUCUUGGACCUUGUCCGUGGUGUCCGUCUCUUUGGCGACAAGCUCUUGAAGCAGCUUAAGGAGGGCGAUCUCGAGCGUGCUCAGCUCGGUUUGGGUCACAGCUACUCUCGCGGAAAGGUCAAGUUCAACGUUCACCGUUCCGACAACAUGAUCAUGCAGGCCAUUGCCCUCUUGGAUCAGAUGGACAAGGACGUCAACACUUUCGCCAUGCGUAUCAGGGAGUGGUACUCGUGGCACUUCCCCGAGUUGGUCAAGAUUGUCAACGACAACUACAAGUUCGCCAAGCUCGCUCAGUUCAUCAAGAACAAGAACGAUCUCUCGGAGAGCCAGUUGGAGGGUUUGGAGGAGAUUACUGGUGAUGCCGCUCAGGCCCAGCAGAUCCUCGACGCUGCCCGUGCCUCGAUGGGUACCGACAUUUCUGAAAUUGACAUGAUCAACAUCGAGAACUUUGCCAAGCGUGUCAUCGACCUUGCUGACUACAGAAAGAAGUUGCACGAGUACUUGAUCUCGAAGAUGAACAACGUCGCCCCCAACUUGUCUGCCUUGAUCGGCGAGAUGGUCGGUGCCCGUUUGAUCUCCCACGCCGGUUCUUUGACCAACCUCUCCAAGUACCCCGCCUCCACUGUCCAGAUUCUCGGUGCCGAGAAGGCUCUUUUCCGUGCUUUGAAGACCAAGGGCAACACCCCCAAGUACGGUUUGAUCUACCACUCUUCGUUCAUUGGCCGCGCCGGUGCCAAGAACAAGGGUCGCAUCUCCCGCUUCGUCGCCAACAAGUGCUCCAUUGCUUCCCGUAUUGAUUGCUUCAGCGAAGUGCCCACGACCAAGUUCGGUGAGGCUAUGAAGGAGCAGGUUGAGGAGCGUCUCGAGUUUUACGAGUCUGGUGCCACCCCCUCCAAGAACGCCGACACCAUGAAGAAGGUCAUUGAUGGUCUCAAGGACGCUGCUGGUGAGGAUAUCGAGGCACCCAAGACCAACAGCAAGAAGAGAAAGGUCGUCGAGGAGGAGGCUCCCGCCAAGAAGUCCAAGAAGGAGAAGAAGGACAAGGAGGAGAAGAAGGACAAGGAGGAGAAGAAGGAGAAGAAGGAGAAGAAGGAGAAGAAGGACAAGAAGGAGAAGAAGUAA